AUGGUCCCUGUGCUCCUGAACGCACCGUUGGCCGCGGUGUUUAUACUGAUGUGUGCCGUGCCGCUCCGGGGCCAGAAGCCGGGUCAGGUGGACCCCCUGGCGACCCCGCGCUCCAACCCGCAGUGCUGGGACUCCUCCUCGGCGCUGCUGCUGGAGAUGCGCUCCCCGAGGAUCGCAGACACGGUGCCCGCCUUCUGGGACCUGAUGGUGAUCCUCAGGGCGUCAGACAACAGCAAACACACGGAUCUCUUCUGGGACCUGGCCCGGGUCUUCUGGGACAUGUACGUGAACUGUGUGCUGUCCAAGAGCCACGGCCUGGGCCGGAGACACGUCACCGCCGUACACUCCCUCAUCACAGACAGUGAGUGA